CGACCCUAUAAAAAUCCCCAAUUCUUGUAACCCUAAUUUCCCAAAUUCAUUCUCGCACUCGAAUCUCAGAUCUAAGAAAGGAGAAGAAGAAGAUCAUCAGUAUGGAUGCUCUAGACACCGUUUUCGAUCCGCUGAGGGACUUUGCCAAGGACAGCGUUCGCCUCGUCAAGCGAUGCCACAAGCCCGAUCGCAAAGAGUUCACGAAGGUGGCGACUAGGACGGCGAUUGGAUUUGUGGUUAUGGGUUUCGUAGGGUUUUUCGUUAAGUUGAUCUUCAUUCCCAUCAACAAUAUCAUCGUCGGCGCGACUUGAUUUUUACAGAGGCCUUGCUUGGUCUCCGGUGGUGGUGGAUAAUCCGGAUGCCGAUUCGAAGAUUAGUUUUAAUCUUUAAAGACAUUUUGUAGAAUUCAUACUCGACCUGUGCAAUGAUUAUGACUUCCAUCUUUAUAUUAUGAAUGAAUUGUGAUAAAUAUUUUUGAAGUUUCACUGUUUAAUCGAGCAUUGUGGUGAUCA